AUGGGUUUGAGAAGAAAACGUCCGCUGAAGGAUGCUCGCUCUCAUGAUGAGGAGAUUAUACGCAUUAUCACAGAGCAUCUAGAUCAGGGUGUCAUUGGUGGCUGGGGCCUCACGCAUCUUUACGCAUACUUUCGUCGUAACGGUGUGUUUAUCUCGAGGAACGAUAUCAUGUACACCUUAAGACUCGUGGAUCCGGAGGGCGUCAGUGGUAGAUACCAGAAGAAACAGCACAGAAGGAAGAAGUUUUUGGUAGCCGGCCCCAAUGCUAUAUGGUCAGUUGACGCCCACUGCAAGCUAGAGAUCAUUGGCAUUCAGAUCUACGCCGUGAUCGAUGCGUACUCCCGCAAAGUCAUCUGGAUCUAUGUGGGAGGCUCCGGACGCACAGCUGUCAGCGUCCUAAAGCAAUUUUUGAUGUAUAUGAAAGAGCAUAAGAUUAUGCCGGAAAGGUUUCGUUCAGACCGGGGUGUUGAGACCAACCUUAUUGCCGAUGCAUUUCAUCAAUUGUGUGAAGUACAAGAAGAUCGAUCGGAAGAGGAUCGUGCCAUUGAGAAGUGCUGGAUGUUUGGCAAAAGUACCGCUAAUCAACGUAUUGAAUCUUGGUGA